AUGAGGCUUGGGCGUGUGCGGUCGCGGGCACGGGGCGGGCGUGCAGCGCGGCGCGGGCCCGCGCAGGGAGGAGUGAAGAAGCCUCGCCGGUACCGACCUGGAACUGUUGCUCUCCGCGAAAUUCGCAAGUAUCAAAAGGGUGCGGAGCUGCUCAUAGGGAAGCUACCUCUUCGGAGACUUGUUCGUGAAAUUGCCCAGGUUUCCAAGAGUGACCUGCGCUUCCAGAACCAUGCGGUGCUUGCAUUGCAGGAGGCAGCGGAAGCAUACUUGGUGGGUCUCUUUGAAGAGACCAAUCUAUGUGCUAUUCAUGCCAAGCGUGUGACCAUCAUGUCCAAACAUAUUCAUCUUGCUAGGAGGAUCCGUGGCGAGAAGCUGUGAAGCAGCCGGCAGAUCGAUAUGCCGAUUCCAACAUGCUACGUGCUUCCACAUUUCUGGAUUUAUG